CCCCGACACGGAGUCGAGCGAAACAUCAGGAGUUUGAAGCGUGUUUGGAAGCUUCAGUGUCUGAGAAAGAAGCCGAAGGUGGAUUUUAAGUGAAACCUAAAAGUUGUAUCAGGAGAAGAUCACCUGAUUCCAGCAAAUAUGGAAGGAAAACUCACUUGUGAGCAGUGUGGGAAGAGUUACACCCACAAGCAUCAGCUGAAGACACACCAACGCAUCCACAGUGGAGAAAGACCGUAUAAAUGUGAGCAGUGUGGGAAGACUUUCACCCUGAUGAGUCAACUUAAGAGACACCUACGCAUCCACAGUGGAGAGAGACCAUAUGACUGUAAACAGUGUGGGAAGACUUUCACCCAGAUGAGUAGCCUUAAGACACACCUUCGUAGCCACAGUGGAGAAAGACCAUAUGAGUGUUACCAGUGUGGGAAGAGUUUCACCCAAGCGUCUUACCUUAGGACACACGUACACAUCCACAACAGAGAAAGACCAUAUUCAUGUGAGGAGUGUGGAAAGGCUUUCAUGAGAAAGGAGGCGCUGAAAAUCCACCAACGCAUCCACACUGGAGAAAGACCACAUGGCUGUGACCAGUGUGGGAAGACUUUCACCCAAGCGUCUACCCUUAGUACACACCUACGCAUCCACAGUGGAGAAAGACCAUAUGAGUGUGAAAAGUGUGGGAAGACUUUCACUUACGUGUCUAGCCUUAAGGUACACCUGCGCAUUCACAGUGCAGAAAGACCAUAUUACUGUGAAACAUGUGGGAAGACUUUUGCCUUCCUGUGUAUCCUUAAGAAACACCUACGCAUCCACAGUGGACAACGACCCUAUCACUGUGAACAGUGUGGGAAAACUUUUACACAGAGGAGUAGCCUUAAUACACACCUACGCAUCCACAGUGGAGAAAGACCAUAUGACUGUGAACAGUGUGGGAAGACUUUCACCCAGAUGAGUGAUCUUAAGGCACACCUACGCAUCCACAGUGGAGAAAGACCAUAUGACUGUGAAGAAUGUGGGAAAACUUUCACCCAGAGGAGUAACCUUAAGUCACACCUACGCACCCACAGUGGACAAAGACCCUAUCACUGUGAACAGUGUGGGAAAACUUUCACCCACAUGAAUAGCCUUAAGUCACACCUACGUGUCCACAGUGGAGAAAAACCAUAUGACUGUGAACAGUGUGGGAAAACUUUCACCCACAUGAAUAGCCUUAAGUCACACCUACGUGUCCACAGUGGAGAAAGACCCUAUCACUGUGAACAGUGUGGGAAAACUUUCACCCGGAUGAAUAACCUUAAGUCACACCUACAUGUCCACAGUGGACUAAGACCAUAUAACUGUGAACAGUGUGGGAAAACUUUCACUCAAAUGAAAGGGCUUAAGGCACACCUACGUGUCCACAGUGGAGAAAGACCAUAUCACUGUGGACAGUGCGGGAAGACGUAUAUCCAUAUGAAUGGGCUUAAGGCACACCUGUGCAUCCACAGAGAAACACACAGAAACAGUUUGAGUGUUACCAAUGCGAACAAAAAUUCUUGCCACACUCUGCUCUCUCCUACCAUCAACACAGAUGUGAAUCAUCUUUUGGCCCAAACAGUACCUGAGCAUCAGAUGACGACAAGAAACGCAGUGUCUGAACCAGCAGCACCGACUUCUUCUGACAAGAACAUCAAACUUAAAACCCUCCAGAUCAGACUCCAUAGAGUCCAGAUGUAAGGCACACCUAUGCACCCACAGAGGAGAAAAACCAUAAGACUGUGACCGGUGUGGGAAGGCUUUCAGAGAGAGAGAGAGAGAUACUUUAUUAAUCCUGAGGGAAAUGCAAGUAUUCAGCAACUUUACAUACAACACAUUACAGAAAACAGACAGACCCACACAAAACAAACUAAAACACAGUGGGUUCGUUACCAGGUUGACAUUAAGGUCAGCAUAUAUACUUUAAAAUACUCUUGCUACAGAACUCCCUCUAAAAGAGCUUCAGAAUCAGAAUAGCCUUUAUUGUCAUUUGACGGCACAGAGUACAUCAAACAAAAUUAAGAUCGAUGAUUAGGGACAUCGUGCUGCCACAGAACCCUUUUCUUUGAAAUUUGCAGUGAAGAACAGAGGAUAAUGCGAACACAAGCAUAAGACCGGUCUCACACUCUGUCCCUGACUGCGUCACCACCUGUAGGAAUUCCUUCUCGUCGUCACUCACCGCUCCAAAGUGCUCCUUAAUUUCCACCAACAGCAGCAGGGUCUCUCUGCAUGCUGCUGUCUUUCCAGUUUUGCGAUAGACCGGGGCAACUCCAAGACCAAUUAGAAGGUGUCCCGCUAUCAUAAAUCCAAAUAAGUAGAUGUCUUCAAUAUCCUCCACCGACAGAACCAACAGACACACCACCCUCCACUCAUCCCAAGCGUCAAUGGUGAAAUGAUUUUGUUGUUUUAGUUCCAUAUCUGACAACACACACAUGUGGACGCUUAUGCCUCAUCCCAUACACUUCAGUUCAGACCAUCACUGUAACUUUACUGUUUUAGAUAAACCUGAUCUGCAGUCACAUGUUUGAAUGUAAAAUAAUUGUUAAUUACUUCCGCCAAGGAGGUUAUGUUUUUGCCAGGGUUUGUUUG